AUGCAGAUACAAUGCAAGCUUAUUGUGGUUUUGGUCAUCGCCUCAAUCUUCAUGGUGGUGGAAGUGGUAGGAGGGUUCAUCGCUCACAGUGUCGCCAUCAUGACAGACGCUGCUCACCUGCUGUCAGACACAAGCGGCUUUGGCGUGGCGCUGUUUGCCAGCAUAUAUGCAACAAAGAAGAGCAUGAGCACGCACACAUUUGGCUACCAUCGCAUAGAGGUGAUGGGAGCCCUGGCAUCGGUGGUGAGCACAUAUCUAGUCACAGGGGCGCUGCUGUACGAAGCUGUCAAUCGUUUCAUUCAUCCCACCCCCAUCAAUGGCAAGCUGAUGUUCAUUCUGGCGGUUGCUGGCCUUGUAGUCAACAUAACCCUCUUUGCAAUCUUGGGAGGCCACCAUCAUGGCCACUUCCACAGCCACUCCCAUGACCACAGCCAAGGGGGAGGCACAUGUGGGCAUGGCCACCAGCACAGUCAUGGGCAUGGCGAGAACAUCAACAUGAGGGGAGCUAUCAUCCAUGCGUUGGGAGACCUGGUGCAGAGCAUCGGCGUCGUCAUUGCCAGUGUGCUCAUCUGGUGCAAUGAGGGUGGCAGCCAUUGGUGGCUACUAGCCGAUCCCAUCUGCACGGUCAUCUUCGCCAUCAUCGUGCUCUUUACAACCGUGGGCAUCCUGCGUGACAUCAGCGACAUCCUCAUGGAGCGAGUGCCUCGCGCCCUGGACGCUGAUGUCAUCCAGGCAGACCUCCAAAAGAUCGAGGGAGUGGUGAGCGUGCACGACUUGCAUGUGUGGGCGCUGAAGCCGGGGGUGCCUCUGCUGGCAACACAUCUCAAUGUGGCGAAGGAGCAGGAUGCGUGCAAGGUGCUGAUGGCAGCAACCAGCUACUGUGUCUCCAAGGGCAUCACCCACUCCACCAUUCAGCUGCUGCACAACAAUGCUCCCUGCUGCAUACCUGCUCAGCGCUGA